AUGGUCCACACACAUCACAGUUUAAAACCAAGCAAACUACAGAGUGAGCAAAAGAAAAUUGACAAAAUCGAGUAUGAAAAUAUGCAGCUAUGUCAGAAAAUUGCCAAUGCGCAUGCAGGGGCUGCCAAGGUGGACUCCUGGAAUGAAUAUUUAUCCAGAAGCCUAAAUAGAGCAGUAAGGAACCUCAAGCUAGUGAGAAUCACAGUGGAAAACCAGUGCACUCUGAAGAUGCUGGGUGAUCACAAACCCCACUAUGAUCGCAGGGCAUCGGAGCUAGACAGGCAGAAUUCAAGGUGCUAUAUCAAAAAUACAACAAAAUAUAUCGUCUUACACGAAGAAUAG